CUCCAGAGAGGUGAGUGUUUCUUGAAAAAGCAAUUGGACUGAAGAAAAGACACUGUUCAAAGGCAGGUACGGAGGAAUUUGCUCACGUGUAAAUCUGUGGGAUGCCAGCUCAGUUGUGGUGAUGUCUGAACAGGAGCUGCCCACCCAGCUCUGCACCAAAGGGGACCAGUACCUGGCGAGCGGUUCUCCGGCCGAAGCCGCCGCCUGUUACACCAUAGCUUUCAGCCAGAGCGCCGAGACGACCGUCCAGCAUGUCAAAUCCCUGGGGGAGCUCGGCCUGGGCGACGUGCUGGCAGUGUUGGAGGGCUGGUGCGCCGACCAAAGCUGGGUCCCGAGGCAGGCGGGGGGCGAGCCCGCGGGCAAGGCGCCCGUCAGCGUGGGGGUGGCCGCCGUCUUCCUCUCCACGCUGAGCCCCAGCAACCUGACGGCCUCGGUGCUGAGGAUGGACGCGCUGCUGAGGAGCGGGCGGCACCAAGAGGCGGUGAGCCGCUGCAACGCUCUACUCAACGCCCACCCGAGGCACUCGCUGGAGCUGCUGCUUACCAGGGCCCUGGCCUGGGUCCUCUCCGACAGCCAUUCGGCCAACGGUGUGGUGGACUACCUGCAGGCCUUCGUCAAGCGGCAGGAGGAGACCGUGGCGUUCGUGAUCGCACGGCAGAAGAGAGACUUGCCCCGGAUCCUGCGGGCCUUCGACGACUACAUAUCGCUGCAUGAAGGGAGACAACAAAUUGGCCGCCCGGCCGGGCUGCUGAGCGAUUGCCGCCAUUUCCUCUCGCUCGUGUCGUCUCGUGAUGUCAGCGCGCACCGGGCGUGCGCCGCGCACCCUUUGGAAAAGCGGCGGUUGGAGGAAAGCGCGGGAAGCGGCAGCGCGGCGCUCGCGCGGCCCCCGGGCCUUGGCCGCUCGAAGCCUGAGGCGAAGGCCUUGCUCCUCAUCGGCCGGGCCGCUGCCCACUUCGCCGUGGGCAACCGCGACAGGGAGGUGAUCCACGACCUAGCGUCGGCCUUUGAGAGCAGCCCGGCGUUCGCCAGGAAACAUUUCGAGCAGCUCUUCGUGCCGCACAGCGUGGUGGAGCGGGCCAAGCAGUUCAUCGAGGCCCAGUUCUCCGAGUACAAGGCGACGGUGCGCUGCCGGGCCGACCUGCGAUCCGACGGGGGAGCCGAGCUCCUUCGGCCCGUCCUUGAAGCGCUCCAGCUGGUGGCCCACAUCGAACCGGAGAACAAGCGGGACCUGGAGAUCCGACAGGCCGACUGCAAGCUGCUCUGCGGGGAGGCCGAGAGCUCCCUCCGGCUGUGCCAGGGCCUGCUCGCUGCCGACCCGACCACCUACCACAGCACCAUCCUGGUCCUCCGCGGCUUCUCCCACCUGCGCGCCGGGGACCUCGCGCGGGCCCUCGAGGAUUUCCAGUCCAUCCUUGAACACGAUCUUCCACAUCCCGGGAGCUGUGUUAAGGCCAUGUGCGGCCGGGGCCUGGUGCGAAUGCUGUCCGGCAGCCCUUACCUGACAGCCCUGGACUACAUCACCGCCAGCAGGCUGAGGCUGGACGAAGUGGCCUUGUUUGUGAAGUCCUACGUCCCCUGGAACCAGCGAGGCCUCCUGUACAAGGUCCUGCAGGAAGAAGGGCAGAAAAUCCUUCGGAAAAAACACUCCAGCCCCUCAGCCAGUGCUGGGUUAAGGAAGAAAAGUGCAGAACGUGGAAAUUAUGGCUUUUCUUUCAAAGAAGGAGAUGCAUUGGGUGUUCAUUACUUAGCUUUAUUGCUGCUGGAACUGGAGCCAUCAGAUGAGAUUUCCCGCAUUCUGUCUGCAGAUGCUCUCUACCAGCUGGGAUGGAUGGAAGAGGCUUACAAGACAUUGCUGGUUUCUCUUGGCAAGAACCCUCAGCAAUCCUCAGUCCUGGCUAGGCUUGCCCUACUUCAGCUGAAGAAAGGCUUUCUAUAUGACGCCAACCAGCUAAUAAAGAAAGUUAUUGAGAUCGGUGAUACCUCCUGUCUCCUGCCCAUAAUGGACGUUUUUAAGUCAGAAGAUCGAGACCUAAUGCAAAGACACUGUCAUUCCAGUGCCAUGUCAAUCCUACAAAAUAAGGAAGGCGACACAUAUGUAAAGGAAGCAGUGGCGUAUCUCUCCCUGGCAAUCAUUUCAUCAGGAGGCACCGAUGAAGCCUCACUCCUCACUAGAGCUCGAUGUUAUGCACAUCUUAAUCAGAAGAAAACUGCUAUCUUUGAUUUUGGCACCAUUUUAAAGGCAAACCCAUCCCAUGUACAAGCACGAUGUGGACGGUCCUUCAUGUAUGUGAUCCUUAAUAAACAAAAGGAAGCAGUACAGGACAUUGCAUUAGCCCUACAGACGGACCAAAAGUUGGCAAUCCAAGAAAUCUCAUCUCUGAAGCAUGAAGCUCAAAACCUAAUUAGCCGCUGGCUGCAUGAUCACUGUAUUAACAUUCUAACAGGAAUGGCAGAAUCCAAGGAAAAGGUCUUCAGUGAAGAACUUGUUAAUCUUCCUGCAAUAGGUCGUUAUCUACUUCUGAUAAAUGAGAGAGAUUCAACCUGGCACAUCCUAUAUGCUGAUAUAUUGAUAGCAAAAGAAAUGUAUGACGAUGCUUUGAAACAUCUACAGGAGAUUUUUGGACAAGUUCCUAAUGAUGAUGCUGUCAUGGCCAGGUAUGGACUCAUUCAAAUGAAGAGGAAAAAUGUCCAGCUUGCUGUGCGGAAUCUGAGCAUCCUUGCUGAAAAGGACAACAAAGACUUGGAUUUUCUAUUACAGUUCCUGGAUUACAAGUCAUGUCACCAUGUGGCUCAGGUGGCCUCAGAGGAAGCUGGUACUUUAAUUAAAGGGAAUCAGCUGGAGAAAGCAUUGAAAUACUGCACAUUGGCUGUCCUUGCAAGUAAAAAUAAAGCUAAGUAUAUCCGCCCACGUGCAAUAUGUCUGACCAGAUUGAAGCAAUACGAGAGGGCACUAAAGGACCUGCGUGAAAUCAUCAAAAGGAACACCUCCAGCAACUCCCCAGAGCUGGUAGAAGAUUACUGCUCCGCAGGGCACAUCCAGUUCCUUAUCCUGAAAGAUGAAGAGGCUUGCAAUAACUAUAUAAAAGCCCUACAGUUGGACCAGUCUGUUGCACUAACCAACAUCUCCAGUAGACCAGGGCGUGUCAGCUUGUCCCAACACUUCCAGCGAAUUGCUCUCCAUUAUUUUGAACAGCAACUUUACGAAGAAGCAUGGCAUUUAGCAGAAUACGGACUGAUAAUUGAUGAAAGCAACACUGAAUUAAAGAAACUGAGAGCUAGGAUUAAACGAGAGGCAUCAGGGUGUGUUGUUCACUAGCACUGAAUGCUACUUGUGCUUAAGAAAAUGUGAAAAAUGUACCUUGCAUACAAUGAGGUUCAGAGAGCAGAAGGAAACAGCAAUGUCUGGCAAGCUUGCUGAGUGGCCUAGGACUGACAAUAGUAGAGAAAGUAUUGUAAAUAUGGACUGAGGAAAAGGAUAAAUAUUUAAAGUGACAGUGCCUUUGUAAUAGAAACAGGAAAUGCUGAAAAUGCUCGGGUCUGGCAGCAUCUGUAAAAGGAGAAAAGGGUUAACGUUUCAGUUCGUGACCUUUCAUCAGAAUAGUGUCGCAGUAUUUUGCUUUUGGAUUAGGACCUUUUGUAAAUUGCCUGGCAAAUUAUUUGGUAAACACCCAGAUUUCCCCCUCAACUUCUGUAAUGCUGCUGCUGUAACUGAACGAUGUUUCUGCUGCAAUUAUAGCAGGAGAGAUGCAAGAAAAUAUUCCUUACAGCAGAAUGACAAAA